AUGUCCGGAUUUGAAUGGACUGCUUACGAGGAGAUGGUGAAAUUCGGAGCCUGUAACACUCCAAAGCCAAGCUUCUUCGAUUUUGAGGGGAAGCAGAAAUGGGAAGCCUGGAAAGCCCUGGGAGACACCAGUCCUCAUCAAGCUAUGCAGGAGUAUGUGGCUACAGUGAAAAAACUGGACCCCGGUUGGAACCCGCAGACAACAGAGAAGAGGGGAAAAGAAAGCAAAACUGCAUUUGGAGGCCCAGUUGUCAGCUCGUUAUAUCAAGAAGAAACAAUCAGGGAAGAGGACAAGAACAUUUUUGACUACUGCAGAGAAAACAACAUUGACUAUGUAACCAAAGCCAUUCGAUCAAAAAAAGUGGAUGUGAAUGCUGCAGAUGAGGAGGGCAGGGCUCUGCUCCACUGGGCGUGCGACAGAGGACACAAGGAGCUCGUUUCAGUACUGUUACAGCACGCUGCCGACGUUAACAGCCAGGACGGCGAAGGCCAGACUGCGCUCCAUUAUGCCGCCGCCUGUGAGUUUUUGGACAUCGUGGAGCUGCUGCUGAAGUCGGGAGCCGACCCCACGCUGCGGGACCAGGAGGGCUGCCUGCCGGAGGAGGUGACGGACUGUAAGGCCAUCACCUCGGCCCUGCGGCAGCACGCCGCCGGCGGGACCUAACGCGGGACGACGGACAUCAAGGUUUUAGAGCACAGGGUCUGGGCUUUCGGGCGCGAAGGCUGGCCUCCCGCGGGCAGGACAGGAUCAGGGUUGUGCAUGCUCUGGCAUUUAUUGGUGUUCUGGGGGAGGGAGGGGAGAGAGGCCCGAUGUUGUUUUACUGUGUUCACGGCCGCUCCUGCGCUGGCCAGGCGGCACCUGGCACGGCCUGGCCGCUCGGCUCUUCCCUUUGGGGCAAGGUUUAUUUUUAUUUUUGUUUUUAUUUUCUCCUGGGUCCAAGCAAAG